CAGGCACUUGGCUUCUUGUGGUAUUCUGAUGACCAGAAUUUCUCCUUUGCAAGUACCUGUAAUGAGCCAUACCUUUUCAAGAACUUUCUUCAACAUUGCUGCUCCACUAGUAAAUAAAAGAAAAGAAUAUUCUGAAAGAAGAAUUAUAGGGUAUUCUAUGCAGGAAAUGUAUGAAGUUGUUGCUGUUGUGGAGAAUUACAAACUAUUUGUUCCUUGGUGUAAAAAGUCAGAUAUAUUAUCGAAGCGCUCUGGAUACUGCAAAGCACAGCUGGAAAUAGGAUUCCCUCCUGUAGUAGAGAGGUAUACAUCGGUUGUUACCCUAGUGAGACCACAUUUAGUUAAGGCAUCCUGCACGGAUGGAAAACUAUUUAAUCACUUGGAAACAGUGUGGCGUUUCAGCCCAGGUAUCCCUGGUUAUCCAAGGACAUGUACAUUGGAUUUUUCAGUUUCUUUUGAAUUUCGUUCACUUCUACACUCAAAACUCGCCACACUGUUUUUUGAUGAAGUGGUAAAGCAGAUGGUAGCUGCCUUUGAAAGAAGAGCAUCCAAACUCCAUGGCCCAGAAACAAGCAUACCUCGGGAGCUAAUGCUUCAUGAAGUUCAUCACACAUGAAAGGGAAAAUUGUAACAACCUCCAUUAUAAACUUGUUUGUACGCUUCAUUUGUACAAGAGGUGCCGUGCUCCUCCUUUGGGGCAUCUAUUUCAUAUCUGAGCUUUGUGUGUGAUUUUAUACUGUACAAAACACACC